UCACUCAAUGCGAAUGAAAGAGAGGAACACAUCAGUUGUGUUGUCCGAACAUCAGUGUUAUAACAAGAAGAACGGCUUGGUGCUUGACAAUGGAGAUGUUACUGAAUGCAAUGGUCUGCUUAAUGGUAUCAUGCACAAAUGCCAUAUACGUUAGAAGAAUAGAAGGUAGAGUUAAUCUACCGAUGGUAUCGGUCAGUAGCUGUGGACACAGUUGUCCAAAACCCACAAGAACGAGUGGUACUAGCGUCAAUUUCCUUAGAGAAGUUUCAACCAUGACAUGUAAUUGGAGGGAAAAUGUGCCUUACAUUUUCAAUCACGUGGAGCUUGUUGAUAGCAGACGACAAUUCUUUCGCGUGUUCAAUGGCUCACAGACAUCAUGUGAUCGGUAUCCUGAUGGUACAUACAGUUGUACACCGCAGCCAGGACACUAUUGCUAUGCGCAUGUCCGUCUUGGAUACCGUACAAGAAGAAACAGUAUGGUGUCGAUACAUUUACCAUCUAGAAACAUACCCCCAACACUUUACAAUGGGGCAGAGACAGUACCUAUAUAUUCAUUUGGAACUCACCUCCAAAGGCCAACGGUCAGAUUCGAGCUAGAAUGUAGCGGUGACAACCCGUGCUUAGAGGACCGUGUGACACUGAUAAGUCUCCAGUACAGAUGUACUCACCAACAACCUAGCUUUUGAUUAAACCAUGGCAAACAAAACCCAAUUUUUAGGAAAAUAACGAAAUACUUGUUUUCAUUGACCACGGACUUUUACAAAACAUUUUGUUUUUAAUCAACUGUUCCAAUACGAACUUUUAAUCAAAUUUAUGACUAUUAAAGCAUUGAAAAACUUA